GAAGCGCCAGUAAAGAGGAAGUUAUACAUAAACUUACAAACAAUAAUCGUGGUAGCUCAAUUUUAUAAUUGGAUCUCCCUCUCCAUUCUGAUCUUCUUUUCAUACUUUCCCUUUUAAUUGCAACGCAGUGUAGGCGAUAUGUCUAUUCAGACCCCCAGAGAACUAAAAAAAAACAUCAAAGGGACGAACAUCAUUGUUCAGAAAGAUCGCCUAGAUGGGAUCAAAAAUGAAAAUCUUGCCAUGCUCUACAGCAUUGAUGCAGAUGAGGCAACGGAAUUGAUGUGGUUUCAUAACACUUUACGUCCAAGCAAAAAUCUCAUCGCACCAUCCAAGCUAUUUCUACAAGGUAUCAAGGCACUUCAACCGGCGGCGCAAUUCAACACAUUCGACAUGAAAAAGUCAAAGCUUCGCCGUUUGACGAAGCAGCGCAAGGACAUACUAAAGGCCAUGGAGAAGCGCAAGCAGAUAACACCGACUGCUGCGUAUCGCACUGCCGUGAAUCCACACAAAGUGCCCCGCAUCGGUGGACAUAUGCCGGAAGAUGAAGUGCGCUUUCUGUCACGUGGUGCGAAACAAGGGAAGUCAAAGGCAGCCGAAGGCGGUGAUAAAGACUCGCCUCAAUACUUCACUAAGUGGCGAAAAAGAAAAAUCCAUAAAAUAGGAAAAGGCUUAUAAGAUUGAUGAGGGAAAAGUGAACCCGGGUUGUCUGUAAACAAGAAAUGAUAAGUGCUGGUGUUAAGACUUGCCUUAGUGCAUGGAUUUACGAUUAAAAACACGAGAGGUGUAGGGCAAGUAGCGGAACAACUCAAAUCUAAAAAAAA